UACACUAGUCUCUUAUUUUGAGUCAUAUGAGAAGUAUUCAAAAUUGAUUCAAAUUGAAAUUGUUUUUCUACAAUCAUCAUCAUUAUCAUCAUCAUCAUUCAUCAAUCCGAACAUGACACAUCUUCAACGCUUGAGUAUCCAAGGGAUACGUAGUUUCAAUCCAAAUGAACCACAAGAGAUACGAUUUUUACCGCUUACAAUCAUUCUCGGACCAAAUGGCGCCGGUAAAACAUCGAUAAUUGAAUCGUUGAAAUAUGUUACGACUGGUGUGAUGCCGCCAUAUAGUAAUAGUGGCAAAACAUUUAUUCACGACGUGCAAUUUAUGGAUAAUUUGAUUGUUCGUGGCCAAAUUCGUUUGCAAUUCACUGAUGUUGAAGCAAAAUCUACAAUCAUAACACGAUCCAUGCAAGCGACAUUAAAAUAUGUAAAAGAUAAGCCACAAAUUACAUUUCGUCAGAUAAACGCCGUAAUUAAACGCGGUAAUCGUUCAAUUGACCAAAAGUUUGCCGAUAUUAAUGCUGAACUUAUUGAAUUGAUUGGUGUAUCAAAAGCCAUCUUGAAUAAUGUGAUAUUUUGCCACCAGGAAGAUAUUCAUUGGCCAUUGAGUGAAGGCAAAAUGUUGAAAGAAAAAUUCGAUGACAUCUUCGGUUCAAUUGGCUUUACAAAAGCAUUGGAAUCAAUUAAAAAAUUGCGUGAUGAAGAAAUGAUCAAUUUACGAUUAUUGGAAAAAGAUGUCAUUUUCACCGAACACAUCCGUAAAGAGGUUGAUCAGCGACGAAAACAGUUGGCUGAAGAAGAAUCGAAAAUUAAAGUGGAGAAAGAAAAGAUACGAAAUCUUGAUUCGAAAAUCAAUCAGCUUGAUAGUCUAAUCGCUGAUCUAAUUGAAAAUGAACAAUAUGCCGAAAUGAUGUCGAAAAAAAUAUCCGAAUUGAUUGGUUCAAUUGACGAGAAACAAAAAUAUAUCGAUAAAAUUGAUAAAAAUUGCCGUGAUCAACCCACCGAAUUGAUGCAAUUAAAUCGACAACAAAUCGAUGAAAGAUUAGCCAAUUUUGAUUCUAAUUUUAGGGAAUCGAAAUCAAAAAAAAAUUCACUUGAAUUACGGAUGAAAAAAUGUUGUGAACAAUAUGAUCAAAUUAAUCGAGAAAAAUCACAAUUUUCGUAUCAUCAAGCACAAAUUGAUUUAUGUCGCAGUCAAUUAGCUGAAUAUUUUGAUAAAAUCAACCCAAUUGUCACUGGUGACUGGUCAUCAUCAGCCAUUCAAAAUGAUUAUGAAAACCUUGAUCACAAUGAUUGUAAAUCUGUCAAAGAAUUUUUCGCGAAAUACUCGAAACAUCUUCAUGAAAUGAUUGAAAAUUCCGAAAAUUCAUUUGAAAAUCGACAACGUAAACAUUCAAAACUAGAUGCUGUGAUCAAAGAAAAAUUUAAUGAAUUGAAAAAUGAAAAGGAUAAAAUCAUGAUAGAAAUUGAAUUUCGUCGAUCUGAAAUCAGGGAUUCAGAAGCGAAAAUCGAAGCAAUUUGUGAUGGUGAAAUGAAAAAUGCGCCGGAAAAUUUGCUAACAAAAUUGAAUCAAGAUAUCACGAAUCUGGAAACACAAUUGACCGAAAUCAAUCAAAAACAAUUGGCUACAGAUUCAAAAAUGGAAAUUGAUCGUCUAGAAAUGAAGAAAAAAUCUCUUGGAACAGAAUGUGAUACAUUGAAGAAACAAAUUGCUGUGGCAAAUGAAAAUCAACAACGAAAAAAAUUUUAUGAUUAUUUUCAAUCACAGAAACAGAAAAUUGAAGCCGAAAUGGCAACUAUUAAAAUGAAUAAUUUCGAAUUAUUCAAUAGGCUUUCUGUUGAUGUUGGCAAUUUUUCCGAAAAACUUUCUCAACUCAUCGAUAAAAAACGUCGCGAAGAUUUAGAUAAACGAAUGGCAGAGAUUAAAAAUGUUGAACAACAAUUGUCUAGUCAAACAAUUUCGUUGAAAAAUCAGCAAGAAUUAUUGGAUAAAAACGAAAAACAAUUAGUUCGGAUUAAGGAAAAAUUAAACGGCGUUUGUACUGUCGAGGAAUUCAAUGAUUAUCGUUUGAAAAUUGAAAAUGAUCUCAAUGAAUUACGUAAAAAAAAUGUAAACAUGAAUAUAUCACAAGUAAUGGAUGAAUAUGUCACUAUUAUUGAAGAAAAGCAAGAAUGUCCCUUUUGUGGACGAAGUCUUGAUCAUCACGAAGUGGUGAAUUUUAGUUCGGACUUGUGUGAUUAUAAUCCUGAAAAAUUAGAGGCUAUCGAAGCAAAAAUCACCACCAGUGAACAAAAACAUAAUCAAUUGAUGCUAUUACGAAAUGAAAUUGAAUCCAUUCCUGAAAUUGAACAAAAUAUUCGUGAUUGUAAUGAAGAAAUCGAAAAAAUUACAGCCAAUGUUGGUGAUUUGCAAAAAUUAUUGACAAAAUAUAACACAGAAUUGGACUCGAUAAAAACAAUGAUUGAUGAUUGGCAAAAAUGUCUACAACAAGCAAAUAAAUAUGAUAAUCUUUAUAAAGAAUAUAUUGAUUUAAAUGCAAAACAGCAAACAUACUUACAGCCAGAAUCUGAUGAACGCAAUCUUGAUUUGGAAGAAUUAAAUUGUCAAUUACAGCGUACAGAAUUGGAUGUUAAAUCUUGUGAUUUGAAAUUAUCGAAAAUUCAGGCCGAUUUUUUGCGCAUGACUGAAGAAAAAAGUAAAUUGCAAAAUCUUUUACAAUUAGCCGAACGAAAUCGUAAUGAACAUCUGCAAAAAGAACAAAAUCAAAUGCAUAAUAUUCGUAAACGACAAGAAUUGAUUGAGAGAAUUGAACAAAAUGAACAAAAACUUAACGAAUUAGAAACAAAAUUGUCACCGAUUGAUCAAGAAAUUAAAACAUUACAGAUUCAACUGUGUGAUCAUCGUGAAAAUUGGCAAAAAUCUAAAGAAGAUUUACAGCAUACGAUUCAAUUGCAACAAAAUUCACUGAAAACAUUGAAAAAGAAUAGUGAAGAAAUUGAAAAAUCUUUGACUAAAUUGCGAGAAUUACAAAGUAAAAUAUCACAAGAUUAUCUUGAUGAUCUCGAUAAACGAUUGACCAAAGUGGAGGUGGAAAAGAAACAAAUGGCCAAUGAUAUGAAUGUGAUCAAUGAAAUGAUUGUCAAUUUUGAAUUGAAUAAACGUCAAUUAUUGGAUCGACAAAUUCUAUUGAAUUUACAACAAGAAAUUCAUGAUAAAGAAACAGAAUUGAAAGAAUUCAAAGAUAAAAUUGGUUCGUCAAAUAUUACAACAAUACGUGAGAAACGUAUCCGUGCCGAACGUGAACGUCAGGCAAUGGCCACACAUAAAGAAAGUUCAAAAACCAAAAUUCUAGAUCUUGUUGAGAAAAUCAAAAAAAUUAAUGAUGAAAUGGCCAAUCAUGAUGAAUAUCGUAAUGCAAAUAAAAAUUAUCGUGAAAAAUGUAUUGAUAAAGUGAUUAGUGAAUUGGCUUGUGAAGAUCUUGAUAAAUUCUAUAAAGCAUUGGACAAUACCAUAACAAUGGUUCAUACGCAUAAAAUGGAGGAUAUUAAUAAAUUGAUUGAUCAAUUUUGGCGUGUUUCUUACCAAGGCGAGGAUAUCGAAUCCAUACAAAUUAUGGUUGAUCAAGGCGAAAGAUCGGCUAGUGCACGUCGUCGUACAUAUAAUUAUCGUGUGGUAAUGAUUCAACAAGGUAAAACAUUGGAUAUGCGUGGCAGAUGUUCGGCUGGACAAAAAGUACUUGCAUGCAUUAUCAUUCGUAUUGCAUUGGCAUUGUUGUUUUCCAAUAAUUUCACCGUUAUCACGUUGGAUGAACCAACAACCAAUCUGGAUAAUGCCAAUAUUCGAGCAUUGGCCAAAGCUAUUGUUAAGUUGCGAAAAAUGAAUCAACAUCUUCAAAUUGUCAUUAUCACUCAUGAUGAAGAUUUUCUUCAAUGUCUUUCGGCCGAUGAUUAUGUUGACCAGUAUUAUAGAGUUUACAAAAAUGAUGAAGGCUAUUCCACUAUCGAACUUAGUCCAGUUCAUUCUGAAGAACUUACUAAAUAAUUAUCAGUUUUUUUCUUGAAAUUAUGAGAAAUUGUCACUAUUUUUGAAAAAAAUAUAAAUAUGAACAUA